AUCUGGACUUCACUUUCCUUGAGAUGAACCCUUCACACUGGUUGAUGGAAAGCCUUAUCCUUUGGACAUGAGGGGCGAGCUGGAUGACACCGCUGCUUUCAAGAACUUCAGAAGUGGGGUAAUAUUGAAUUUCCACUGCCUUUUGGAAGAGUUAUGAGUGCAACUGAAAGCUAUAUUCAUGGGCUAGAUGAGAAGACUAGUGCGUCUUUGAAAUUUACGGUGUUGAACCCUAAGGGACGCAUUUGGACAAUGGUAGCUGGAGGAGGUGCAAGUGUCAUCUAUGCUGAUACGGUCGGAGAUCUCGGCUUUGCUUCUGAGCUUGGAAAUUAUGCAGAAUAUAGUGGAGCACCAAAUGAAGAGGAAGUACUGCAGUAUGCCAGAGUAGUAAUUGAUUGUGCGACCGCAGACCCUGAUGGCCGCAAAAGAGCCCUUGUAAUCGGUGGAGGAAUAGCUAACUUUACUGAUGUUGGUGCUACAUUUAACGGCAUAAUUCGAGCCUUGAAGGAGAAGGAACCAAAGCUCAAAGCCGCACGGAUGCACAUAUAUGUGAGGAGAGGAGGUCCGAAUUACCAAAGGGGCCUUGCGAAAAUGCGUGCACUCGGGAUGAAAUCGGAAUCCCUAUUGAGGUACGGUAUUAUUGGUCUAAAUCUUUUCACAAACUAGAACAUUUGCUGAUGUUUUCGUUUCGAUUCGGUGCUACUCGUAGGUUAUGGUCCAGAAGCUACGAUGACCGGUAUUUGCCAGCAGGCAAUCCAGUACAUCACUACAGCUGCCUAAGUUGUUGGCUCGUGAUUUCCGUCUCUAUUUCUUUGUUUUCCAGCAGUGGGUUGUUUUCCGUUGAUUUCCUUUGCCAGUGAACUAGAAAUCUCACGAAGUGAUGUUUAGUCCAUAAAAUAUUACUGAAACAAUUGGAAUUGUUUGCUGAGAAUGAACAAAGGCAUUUGUCGGCAAUAAAAGAUCUUUGAAAUUGUCUA